UUUCUUGUGGGGCGCAUGUUGGCGCACGGUGCAAGAAGAAGAAUAGACGAAACAAGAAUCGAACCGCAGCGGACCAAAAGAAACAACGCGUCGCGCUUGCCACGCAAAAAGAAAUUGGUGAAAGAGAACAGCAAGAAAAAUAACAAAAAAAAACCAAAAGUUCCUAUAGAAUAUAAUCAAAAGAAUGCUCACUAAGCCACCAGACUAUACCAUCUCAGAGCUGGGCUGCCCCCAGCUGCAACAGCAUCUGUGCUCUGAUAGCUGCUGCAAGAAACUUCGCGUACAGGCGCCAAGUUUUCGUCGCAGUCCCAGUGUGACCCCGAGUCCGAGUCCAACUCGUCUAUUGCCACUUCGCGAAACGCUGGCAGAUUACAACAAGCGGCUGCUAAGUGAAGAGGCGGAGAGCUGUGGAACAAGUCGGCAGCGCCAACAACAACAACAGAGGGAGUUGGAUGAUAAAUUGGCACAGCAGAAAAAGCAGAAGAAUCUGUGGAACGAGCAGCAGCAGAAACAACAACAGCAGCUACAGUGGACAAGACCGAGCAGUAAAAAAUGUCGAGAUAUAGCACAAGUAAAACGAACUACUUUGCUGACUUGCGAUUUGAAUAGUUUCUGAUUAGCUAGAAGGAAGAGACGCAACUGGAGGUGGAGCUGGAGCUCCAGAGCUGAACUACAAUAAAUUAAGGACUGAUUAAACGUGCUAAAUUUAACAUUAAUCACUGUAUACACAUUUUCGCAUAGACCUUUAAGCUAAUUCUAAGUAAAUCAAAUAGGCAAUAACACUUCAUUUUAUUGCA